AUGCUGUACGACGACGCUACCGUUCGACGGGUUCUCCGUGCAGCUCACGAAGGCCAAGAUUGGCGCGAUGUCGCGCUCAAGAACGACGUCAAGCUUCGCACUGCUUACCGCUGGAUCAAUGCUGACCUCCUCGUACUCGAAGCUAUCACCCCAGAACUUUGCUACAAGUGCUCGUUGCACACCAUGAAGUUCCAUGCGCGUGCGAUCCAGAUGAAAGAUAUGCCUGUAGGAGAAUAA